UGUUCUGCUGAGUGUUCUGAGCAUUUAUUCUUGCUUUGCUGUGCUUGGCUUACAAGAGUGGUGGGUUGAUGGGUUGGCUGAGAGAGAGUGAGAGAUGUCACAGUCAUCUGGCGGGCUGUCACAGCAGUAUCACAAUCGAAGAGAUGUCGCCGAUCGAAAUAAUACAACCACUGCCACACACCACCAACCCCUAUUGUAACUGUUGACCAACCAACAACGACCAAAAAAAGGAUGGAAGAACUUCGAUCACUCUUUCCAAUCACCAGUGACCUCAAGAAACUACUGCAAACAACCCAACUCACACUCUCAAACCAACCAGAACAUCUACUGAUCGAACAGGACUUACUCACUAACCCAAACAACCAGUCACUAUGGAACUCAUACAUCCACAGACUCACCGAAGAACUAGAACGAGAGAUCAAAGAACAGAGAGGCAAAGCAACUCAGAUCGAAAACCAACUACUCGGUAACAAACUAGAGACCGAGACCGGAAGGAGGGCCUACCAGAUCCUAGUCUCAGUCUACGAACGAGCACUGAUCUACUUCCCCAAAUCAUUCAAACUAUGGAAGGACUACCUGCAACUCAGACAAGCCUUCAUCCUUGGACAGCCCAAGAAGAAGUUCAACCCAUCCUCAAACAAGAAGAAACAACCCAACGAUCGAUCCCUAACCGUACUCGAUCACAUCUCCAAAUCAGACGACCAACUAGAGGAUAACGAACGCGAUAUGGAUGGCGGUGGUGGUUGGUCCGGCCAUCUGGAUGGAGGACUAGGAUGGCUGGAAUGGAAAGCACUCGCCAGUGCACACGAGAGAUCACUCACCUGGCUUCCACAGAUGCCCAGAUUAUGGCUAUCAUACCUCACCCUACUCACUCAUCCAUCCUGUCCCGCCCCACUCUCACUCACUCACACUCGACACACCUUCGAUCGCGCACUACGCACCCUUCCUCACACCUUGCACGAACGAAUCUGGAAGCCCUAUCUGCGAUGGUCCGAGCAAAUCGCCGGUGGUGAAACUUGUAUCCGCGUCUGGAGACGCUAUCUCGCCAUCGAUCCCAGCCUCACCGCCCACUACGUCAAAUUCUUGGUCGGCGAGGCGGAGGCCAGUACGGUCCAUCGCGACGACGAUGACCAUCAAGAUGACGAGGAGGAAGACGAAGAGGAAGAAGAUGACGAGGAUGAUAAGGGUCAGGAGAGGGCGGGAAAAGCAUCGCAUCCUUCUAAGGCUCUCGUCGCCGCGAAAUUGCUCUUAGGACUGGUCAGGAAGGCUCGCCGGGGCAAGUACAAAUCACCAGACGGGAAGAGCCCCUACCAACUCCUACUAGACUUCAUCGAGCUCUGCGACAAGUUCCCGAGUCAGGUUGGGAUCAGCCUCAAGGAGACCCUCAGACGUCGGCAGAAACCAUCAUCACAGCAUCCCAACACGACCAUCGACCAUCAGGAUUCGAUUAAGGAUGCCACAUCUGGCGAGACUCCCGCACCCUUUAACGGCUUGAUCAGGAUUGCGGGAGCACCAGUCCCGCUUCACCCUUCUUCAACUCGAGAUAAGAUAUCACAGGAGGCAGAAGCCUACGAUCCAGAUACCGAUCCAGCGAACCCAUCCAAGCUGGACAUCGAACAGAUUGUCGAAAUGGAAGGUCUUAGUGUCUAUAAGGAUCAGAUCGGGCUGAUCUUCACUAAUCUGGCGACCUAUUGGAUCAAACGAGCCGAAUUCGAUAGAGCCAAGGAGACCUUCGAGGCUGGGAUUGCCAGGGUGAUGACGAUUCGAGACUUCACGACGAUCUUCGAUGCUUAUGCGGAGUUCUCAGAACAAUACAUCUCGACCUUGAUGGACUCUCUUGGAGAAAAUUCGGAGGGAGAGGAUGGGGAGGGAGGGAAGAGCUCAGAAGAGCUCGAGUUGGACCAAAAAAUGAAAGAGUUUGAGGAGCUGAUGGAUCGGAGACCGUUCCUGGUCAACGAUGUGCUUCUGAGAAGAAACCCGAACGAUGUCCAGGAAUGGGAGAAACGGGUGGUGUUGUAUGGCGAAGACCAGGACGAGAAGGUGGUGGAGACUUAUCUCAAGGCGAUCGAGACGAUCAACCCCAAGAAGGCUACCUCGAACUUCAACCAACUCUUCAUCCAUUUCGCCAAAUGGUACGAGGAGAACGGGGUCGACCCAUCCGAUGAUUCUCUGCCCGACCUCGAUAGCGCGCGGAAAGUGUUCGAAAGGGCGAUCAAUGUUAACUUCCAACGGGUCGAUGAUUUGGCGGAGAUAUGGAUCGAAUGGGCGGAAAUGGAAGUACGAAAUGAGAAGUAUACAGAAGCGUUGAGGGUGAUCAGAAGGGCGACGACGGUGCCUCCGAAUCAUAAGAAGAAGGCGAUCAGCUUCCAUGAUGAGUCUUUGGCCGUCCAAGUUCGGUUGUUCAAGUCUCUCAAGCUUUGGUCUUUUCGCGUCGAUCUGGAAGAGUCUAUCGGGACGGUCGAGUCGACUCAGAAAGCUUAUGAUACUAUCUUCGAGCUGAAGAUCGCCAAUGCUCAGAUCGUAGUGAAUUAUGGAAAUUUCUUGGAAGAGAAUGAGUAUUGGGAAGAGUCAUUCAAAGUAUACGAACGCGGGAUCGAGCUAUUUACGUAUCCGAUCGUGUUUGAGAUCUGGAACACGUAUCUGAACAAGUUCAUGAAGCGCUACCAGGGGACGAAGAUUGAGCGGGCGCGGGAUCUGUUCGAACAAGCGUUGGAAAACUGUCCGGAGAAGUUCGUCAAGCCGAUCUUCCUCUCGUAUGCUCAACUGGAAGAGUCUUUCGGGCUCGCCAAACGGGCCAUGGGCGUGCUUGAACGAGCUACUGAGAAAGUGGCGCUAGAUGACCGCUUCGAAAUGUUUGCUUAUUAUAUCGCUAAAGCUACCGAAAACUUCGGACUACCUGCGACUCGUCCGAUCUAUGAAAAAGCAAUCAAAUCGUUGCCCAAUAAUCAGACCGCCGAAAUGUGUCUAAGGUUCGCUAAUCUCGAGCAAAAGUUGGGCGAGAUCGAUCGGGCUAGAGCUAUUUAUGCCCAUUCUUCUCAGUUUUGCGAUCCCAGAACUUCGCCUAAGUUUUGGGAAACUUACCAUAAUUUUGAGAUUCAACAUGGAAGUGAAGACACAUUUAGAGAGAUGUUAAGGAUUAAACGAGCCGUUCAAGCUUCAUUCAACACCGAGACAUCCUAUCUGGCAGCCAAAGCAGCAGCCGCAAGAGCCGCUGGUAAUCGGGGUGGUGAGGCCACUGUCUCUCAACAACAAGAUGAAGAUGAUGAAACAGGAUCAGGAGACCCGAUGCGUAGACUCGAAAAAGAUGACUCUACUACUGCUGGCAAUCAAGCUUUUGUCUUGUCGAAAGAUAGGCAGGCUCAACUCGAUCGUUCUGGGCCCCUUAACCCCGAUCAACAAGCUACCAAUACUUCCGCUAAUGUUGAUGAGAUUGCGAUCGAUGAUGAUGAUGAUUAACUUUUUCCUUUUUCCUUUUUUUUUUCUUCUUCUUCUUGAUGCGUGGGUAAAGCAUGAGGAUGAUUCAAAUUCAGUUGCAUAUAUCAGAUUUGAUUUACGUUAAAAAAAGUUUUAUAUAUUUAUUGAAACCA